CAGAAGUAUCGUCCGGGGAUGAGAAGAAAGAGAAAAGAGGACGACGUUCUUCAGAAGACUGAUAUAAUAUCCACCUGCAGGAUUUGGAAAAUGAUUUUGGUGCCGAAGUGCUGGAUUUUUAUCGUUUGUCUGACAGGUGUCCUCCCUCCCCUCUGCUCGGGGGUCAAUGUGUUUGUGCGAGACGAGAAGAGGUAUGCCGUGUUGUUCCAGUCGGUGGUUCUGCCAUGUCAGUACAACAGCGUGUCCACCCAGACCCCAGUGGUGCAGUGGGUCUUCAAGUCGUACUGUCGGGACCGCACCAGGGACUCCUUCAACUACCCCGACAGCCUGGGUGGAGGCCAGGGAGGAGGUGGGCUGACGAGUGGAGGCAGGGGGGUCGGCGGGGGGUACGAGACGGGGAUCACCGCGGGCUACCUGGACUGUGCUGAUAGCAGCCGGACGGUUCGUACUGUGGCCUCCAUCUCUGGUUCCUCCAUCACACUGUCGGAGUACUACAAGAACAGAGACAUCUCCAUCAUCAGCAAGGCCGACCUGCGCAUAGGGGAGGUCAAGUGGGGAGACAGUGGAGUUUACAUCUGUAAAGUGGUGAUAUCUGAUGAUUUAGAGGGACAGAACGAAGCCUCCGUGGAGCUGUUGGUUCUUGGUUUCUCAGCUGUGCCUGAAGAUCUCCUGCCAGAAUUUGAUUUGAAGAUUAUGCCAGAGUGGGUGUUUGUGUCGGCGGUGGCGCUGGGCAGUCUCCUCUUCCUGCUGUUGGUCGGGGUUUGUUGGUGUCAGUGUUGUCCUCACUCCUGCUGCUGCUACGUCAGCUGCUGGUGCUGCCCCGACACGUGCUGCUGCCCAAGACACCUAUAUGAGGCAGGUAAGGGUAUAAAGACGGGCACCUCCACCCCUCAGAUGCCUGCCUACCCUCCAUACUUUGUCACUGGUGUCCCGACGAUGGUCCCAAUCGCACCCCCUUCUCUGGUGGACAAGAUGUCCUCUGUCCCCCCUUCGGAUGGCAGCGUUCUUACAGCAAUUCCGAUGCAUGCUGUCGGGUUUCCCUACCGCGGGCCUUCACCUCAGGAUCAGGAAUCUCUCAGGGUGCUUCAGUAUGUAGAGAAACAAUUGGCUCACUUCCACCCUGCCAGGUCCAUCAGCCCCCAGUCCUGUGGCCUGUCUGAGCUGAGCUCCCUCCACGAGGGAGACAGCGGCUUCCGCCAAACAUACCGGAACGUCCAGAAGAAAGCUCUCCCCGCCAUCCCGGACCACGACCCUCAGCCUGAGCCCCAGCGCUACCGUGACAACCGCAGCCCAGAGCCGCCGCGUUACCGUGACAACCCCUCCUCACCCCAACGACAUCGUGAUGACCCCGACGCAGAGCCCCGGCGCUGCCAGGAAGAGUCUCUCCCCCCGCGGCGGUACAGCGACGACCCCCCCCCCUCACAGUCACGCAGGCCCGGCCGACAUCAACGGCAACAGGAUCAUAGCGAGGGAGACCACCACAACAGGUGGAACCCACGUUCAGAGCAUCUACACAGAAAGUCGUACCGUACUGCGGGACGGACCGGCUCUCUGGAUGAGCUGGAGGAGUUUGCUGCAGGUUACAAGCACAAAGAAGGAAGGGGGGAACAGAAAAGGGAAGACAGCCGAAGAGACAAUGAGAUGGAGCUUCAGGAGUUCAGUCGAUAUCCUUCUUAUCGUAACGGUCCACCGCAGCAUUAUCACAAUGAAGAAAAUGAGUUUGGAGACAACAGUGAUCCUGAAGAGAAUCACAGACGAAACAUAAGCCCACUCCAGUCGCCCAAGGAGAGGAGGGGCACCUGGGACAGCGAGCGUCCUGCCCCACCUCCUCCCAGAGUCAGUCCUCCAUCGACCUCUUCUCAAGAGAAGGACUACGAUAGCACGUUCCUAAACAGCCUGCUGGACCGUAAGGCUCAGCUGCGAGGGGUCAGCCAGGGGAAGGGUGGGGCCCGGGGGGAGGAGGAUUCAGACACACCCUCCAAAGGUAGCUCGAAAAAGAGCAGCGGGGACUCCAGUCGACACUGCAGCCGCUCGCCCAGUAACAGGCCUGAGGCAGAUUCACUGUCUCCUUGCUCAGACACAGAGAGAAGCAGGACUGAGAGGCCGUCCCCGCGCCCCCCGCCAUUGAACCCUCGCCCCUCUCAGUCUCCGGCUAACUCGCUGCCGGGCCACAGAGAGGAGCCCAGAGACAAGACCCGGAAAACGGGCACUCUUCUCAGCCGGGACUCCCUCAUCGUCUGACGGACUGAGAGCCACACAAGCUGAAUGCUCAGCACAGACUCUACGGGAGCUGCGUGUCAGCUGAUGGGAGACAGAAAUGAUUUGGAUUGCAUAAAAAAUGCAAAUGACAGUGAGGGAAAGCUGGAUCAGCACUGGUAAAUGAACGAAUGACACACUUUUACCAUGGAGACUGUCACUGGGGUUUCUGCCUGUGACGUCGCUGAAUGAUGAAGUCAUCCCCGUUCAGUUUGUGUCACCGGCUGCCUCAUAUACAUCUCAGCUGAGCUAACAUUGUACACAUGCAGGCCGGGGGUAUGACCUGGACUGUCCGUCCCUGCAGGACGCUGUUGGUCUCCUGCCGUCCCUUUAGAGAAGACUUGCUUUACGCUCCUGCACAAUGACUGCAUUCAUUUCCACUUGAUGAGCUAUCGCCUUUAAAUAAGCCCAGUUGUAGAAAAAGGGUUUAUGACAACAGCAUUAUUGUAAAGGACAUACUGCAGCUUCAGCUGAGUGACAACACACACUCUGUCAUUCACUAACAUGUUCAGGAACUACAGCAUCUAACUCAAUGUAUUUUAAUGUUAUGUUAACUAAAAGUGGAAGUUGUAACUAAUACCAAAGGCUUAUAUCCUGUGUAUCUACAGAGUAGCUCCGGAGACUAAUGUAAAAACCUCAAAGAAGCGUUUGAGUUUGUUCUAUUGAUGCUAAAGACCUUAUGGGAGUUGCUAAGCAACAAACAGCAGACAGACACAGUUAGCAUCUACCUGGUGAACACAGUGGAGAACUUAUCAGCUAAAGUGCCAGGUAUUUCUCAGAGUUAAAAGAGAGUGAAUAUUUAACUUAAAUUGAUGAGCUGGACACAAAUACUAGACCAAAUAUCUUAUCAUGUUGCUCUGUGUCUGCUGGAUGUGUACAUAGCAAAUCAACACUAAAUAAUUUGCCAUAACUACUUCAUAAUUGGAUGAUAUGCCAACGUACAGCUCCAUUUAUGGCCCCCAUGUGGCCAAAAUAUUAAUAAUGUUUCCUUUAUUUAACUAAUUUUGUCAUUCACAGGGUUUCCCUCAGAUUCUUUGAAACUCGUAUAAUGCAUUUAAUUCAUUCUGCAACAUAAGGCUUUAAUUGGUGGUAAAAUGCCCAACAUUGCAAUUUGAAAAGUAAAAAUACUUUAUUUUUAAAAUAAUUUACUGAAUGCCUUUCACGUUAACCUCUAGGUAGGACUAGGUAUUGUAGACUAGGCGCUUUGUGUUUAAUGCAGGAAAUGUUUUAAACACUACACAAUGGUAAUCAAGGCAGUGUUAUCCAACAUGCAGAGUUGUUGUUAAGUUGCUUUGACAUUUAACAACAAGUGGCAUUCAAAAAAUUCUUUAAUCUAUUUUGCCAUAAACUGUAGGAAUCAUGAAUGAAAAUUAGAUGGUUUAAUGUCACAAUGUAACAUUUACCAGCUAAACAUCCAUAACAUUUUUAUUUCUGUACAUUUGAAACAGGUCUGAAGAGGCCAAACAACGGGAGUGCCAGUCAUGACAGUCUUAAGUUCAUGACAUGAAGCACAGAGAUCACUAAAAAGUACUAAAUGAAUCCGGUUAUAGACUAAACCAGUACUAAACCUGCUGACUGAACCAGUACUACCCAGCAGUUGCCUGCAGGUUAUUAAAUUAAAUCAUUACUCAUGAGGCACCUUGUAUUAAAACUGGCUGAGUUUGCACAAAGUAGCUAUUUUUCCAAGGAACUAAAACCUGAUUAAAUGUUUUUUUGUAAACCUUAAAGGCAUUGCAGUCCCACCUGCCUUUUAAAAUAUGUUUGUACUACAGCAAAUUGGACAUACUUAUGUGUGCUGUGAUAUGGUUAAUGUAAUUUGAAAAUAAUAAUGUUUGUUUAAACUUUCCAGUGCGACUGUAUAUAUAACAUGAAGUGCCGCGGCUUGAUAAGUGUAAUUCAGCCUUUUCUUAUCAACAGACACACUCACAAGCAUGCAUGUACAAAACACACAGUAGCACACUGAUUUGAACUUAUGUUGUUCUAACAUUAGACCAAACAGUAUUUCUUUAUUUCUGUUUUCUACUGACUGGUACUGACUGCGUGUGUGUGUGUGUGUGUGUGUGUGUGUGUGUGUGUGUGUGUGUGUGUGUGUGUGUGU